AAAAAUAUAGUGUUAAUAUAAUUGCAAUAAGAGAAACAGAAUCAGAUGAUUUUUUCUACUAUAUAUUUAUGCAUCUUAUCAUGUCCACAAUGAAUGUGAUGAUGAGAAAUGAUGAAAUCACUUCAACAGAAAAUUAAAUAAGUUAAGAUAUUUUAGUUUUCAACAAGAAAUUAAUUAUGUAAAUAGAAUGUUGACUAAAAGUCAAUUGCAAAAAGAGAAACAGAAUCAGAGGAGUUUUCUACUAUACAUGCAUCUUAUCAUAUGUACAUCCCAUAGAAAUUUACAGAUUACUUCAUUUUAUAAGAAAAUGGAAAAAUUACCAGCGAACUCAUUUUGUCUCCUCGCAUGUGUCCUCGUCUUGUUCUUGAGUUCAGUCUUAGCAGUUACAGAUGAUCCUCAAGAUAAACAGGUGUAUAUUGUCUACAUGGGAUCACUUCCGUCUGUGCUAGAAUACUCACCAAUGUCUCAUCACAUGAGCAUCCUUCAAGAGAUCACUGGAGAAAGUUCGAUCGACGGUCGUUUGGUGAGAAGUUACAAGAGGAGUUUCAAUGGGUUUGCGGCCCGGCUCUCUGAGCCAGAACGAGAAAAAAUAGCCGAAAUGGAAGGAGUUGUGUCUGUGUUCCGGAGCGAGAAGUUACAUAUCCAAACGACGGCGUCCUGGGACUUCAUGGGGUUAAAGGAAGGAAAUAAUACAAAGCGAAACCCAGCCGUAGAAAGUGAUACUAUCAUCGGUCUUAUUGACACUGGGAUUUGGCCAGAAUCUGAGAGCUUCUCGGACAAAGGCUUUGGUCCUCCUCCAAAGAAAUGGAAAGGUGUUUGUUCCGGCGGCAAAAACUUCACAUGCAACAACAAGUUGAUCGGAGCAAGAGACUACACAAGAGAAGGCACCAGGGACCUCGACGGCCACGGUUCACACACAUCAUCCAUCGCAGCUGGAAACGCAGUUGCGGGGACAAGCUUCUUUGGAAUCGGCAAUGGAACCGCUAGAGGCGGUGUUCCAGCUGCUAGAAUCGCUGCUUACAAAGUCUGCACCAGCACAGAGUGUGGCUCAGAAGCUGUACUGUCUGCGUUUGAUGAUGCAAUAGCAGAUGGUGUGGACUUCAUCAGCAUCUCCAUCGGGGGAGGGGCGGCCCGUAGGUACGAAGAGGACACAACCGCCAUUGGGGCUUUCCACGCUAUGGCCAAAGGGAUCCUCACUGUGAACUCAGCCGGUAACAGCGGUCCGAAACCAACCUCAGUCGGUAGCGUUGCGCCGUGGAUAUUAACCGUUGGAGCCAGCACAACAAACCGUGAGUUUCUGACCAAAGUUGUUAUCCAAAACGGCAAGACACUUUCCGGGAGAUCAGUGAAUGCUUUUGAUCUGCAAGGAAAGAACUAUCCUCUUGUCUUCCAAGGAUCUGAGGCAAAGGGAAAAAUAUUGGUGAGCGUAUAUUCAUUUAGUUCAGAUGUAGCUGUUGCAACCAUAACUAAAGACUACAAAAACUAUGCCACCAUUAGCUCUCGUCCUCUCUCUGCUCUAUCACCAGAUGACUUUGACUUUCUUGUCUCUUACGUUAACUCCACAAAGUCGAUUCAAGGCACUGUUCUAAAAACUGAGGCAGAAUUUAAUCAGAAAGCGCCUAAAGUUGCUUCCUUCUCUUCUCGCGGUCCAAACCCUAUCGCUGUAGACCUUCUUAAGGUGACAUAUACUGUUUUAUCUUUGUUCGAUUUUGUUUACAAAUAUUAUUUUAAGAGACAAAGGUUGAUUGAAAUGCAGCCGGAUAUAACAGCACCAGGAGUGGAGAUUCUCGCUGCCUAUUCACCUUUGGGUUCACCUACAGAAUAUAUCGACCAGAGACAUGUUAACUACUCUGUUCUCUCUGGAACUUCAAUGUCUUGUCCACAUGUUACAGGCGUGGCUGCAUACAUCAAGACUUUUCAUCCUGACUGGUCUCCAUCCAUGAUCCAAUCUGCCAUCAUGACAACCGCUUGGUCGAUGAAUGCUUCUGACACUGGGGUUGCAUCAACCGAGUUUGCUUAUGGAGCUGGCCAUGUCGACCCAAUAGCUGCUCUAAAUCCUGGACUUGUCUAUGAACUGGACAAAGCAGACCACAUCACCUUUCUCUGCGGCUUGAACUACACUUCCAAAACCCUUAAACUCAUUACCGGUGAAGCUGUCACUUGCACUGGAAACACCUUACCAAGAAACCUCAACUAUCCUUCAAUGUCGGCUAAAGUUUCGGAACCUAAUAGCUCCUUCACCGUCACUUUCAACAGAACUGUCACCAACCUCGGUACCCCCAACUCUACAUACAAAUCGCAGAUUGUCUUAAAUCACGGGACAAAGCUCAGUGUCAAGGUUUCACCUGAUGUCCUGUUUAUGAAGUCGGUGAACGAGAAGCAGUCUUUCACCGUGACUGUUUCAGGAGACAAUAUCGACCCAAAGCUGCCUUCUUCUGCAAGUUUAAUAUGGUCUGAUGGCACCCAUAAUGUUAGAAGCCCCAUUGUUCUUUAUACCGAUGUUCCUAAUGAUUCAAUCUAAUAAUCACCAUAUUUAAUAUUUAAAAUAAAUCAAUGUAAUCCUUAUGUUUUAUUAAUUUCA